GUCCAGGCCCCGGCGGAGCUGCGGGGAGUCCCGGAACCCGCGAGCCCGAGCCACCGGGCUCGAGUGUGACUGGCGCGCGGCCGGCGCUUCCCGUGUGGCUACGCGAUUGCUGAGCGCGAGGGGGAGGCUGCGCAGUGGGCGCCGCGCGGGGAGGCGAGCCACCAUGUUCAACCAGCAGCAGCAGCAGUUCCAGCAGCAGCAGUUGCAGCAGCAGCAGUUGCUGCAGCUCCAGCAGCUGCUCCAGCAGUCCCCACCACAGGCCCCGUUGCCCAUGGCUGUCAGCAGGGGCCUCCCCCAGCAGCAGCCUCAGCAGCAGCUCCUAAGUCUUCAGGGCACCCACUCGGCCUCCCUCCUCAAUGGCUCCCUGCUCCAGAGAGCUUUGCUUUUGCAGCAGUUACAAGGACUGGACCAGUUUGCAAUGCCAUCAGCCACAUAUGACAGUGCCGGUUUCACCAUGCCUACAGCAACCUUGGGCAACCUCCGGGGCUACAGCAUGGCAACCCCGAACUUGACAGCCUCUAGCCUUACACCACCCCAGCUGGCACCCCCCAAUCUGCAGCAGUUCUUCCCCCAGGCCACCCGCCAGUCCCUGCUGGGCCCCCCUCCUGUCGGGGUCCCCAUUAACCCCUCCCAGCUCAACCUCUCCGGGCGGAACCCCCAGAAACAGACCCGGUCCCCCUCCUUCAACACCCCCAAUCGCAAGGAUUCUUCUUCUCAGACGCUGCCUGAGGAAGACAGGGCAGACCCUCCAGAGGGGUCUGAGGAAGCCAGAGAGUCCCAGCUGGACACAGCUGCAGACCAGGAUCCAUCCCCCUGCCCGGACACCAUCACUAGCGAAAAGCACACUCGAGCACCUGAGCCUGAGCCCUGCAAGACAUCCGAGCCACCGGCCAAGAGGACCAAGAGCUCAGAGGAGCCCACAGAGAAGGGGCCUCCAGGGCAGCCACAGACCCGGAUGACAGUACCGAAGCAGACACAGACUCCAGAGUUCCUGCCUGAGCCAUUGGAAGCCCGAGGGAUGCCACGGUUCCAGCCACGGGUCCUGCAAAUCCAGACCCAAGUACAGCCACAGAUGCUACCAGUGGACACCCAGGUGCAGCCAAAGCUGCACAAACAGGCACAAACACAGACCUCUCCAGAGCACUUAGGGCUGCAGCAGAAGCAGGGGCAGCCCCCAGCCCAGUCACAGCCCCCAGGGCAGGUGCAGCCACAGCUGCAGAAGCAGGUCCAGACACAGGUGCAGCCACAGCUGCAGAAGCAGGCCCAGACACAGACGCAGCCCCAGGCCCAGACACAGACACAGCCCCAGGCCCAGACACAGACGCAGUCCGAGGCCCAGACACAGGCGCAGCCCCGGGCCCAGACACAGGCGCAGCCCCGGGAGCAGCCUUCAGCUCAGGUGCCGGCACAGCCCGCCGAGCAGCCCCAGAGUCCGCCACAGGCCCAGCGACCGGGGUGUGUGCCGGCGCCAGAGCAAGCCCCUGUUCCGGGUCAUGCCGUGGUGCUGGAGGCGCCGCCUGACGCAGUGGAAGCCGGGGGAGGCACAGAGGCGGCAUCACCAGAGCCAGUGGGUGCCCAGGUCAGCGUGGGAGCGAGCCAGGAGGAGCCGGCCAGUGGCCUGGAUAUGGGAGAAUGUGAAAAAAGAGCCAGGGAGAUGCUGGGGAUGUGGGGCGCCGGGGGCUCCCUGAAGGUCACCAUCCUACAGAGCAGCAACAGCCGGGCCUUCAGCACCGUGUCCCUCACGCCUGUGUCCCGUCCUGGUGACCCCACCUCUGCCACCCCUGCCACCCCCGGCACUCCCUCCAGGCAGGCUGCCACCCCCGGCACUCCCUCCAGGCAGGCCCUCCAGUUCUUCUGCUACAUCUGCAAGGCCAGCUGCAGCAGCCAGCAGGAAUUCCAGGACCACCUGUCAGAGGCUCAGCACCAGCAGCGGCUUGGGGAGAUCCAGCACAUGAGCCAAGCCUGUCUCCUGUCCCUGCUGCCCAUGCCCCGGGACGUGCUGGAGAGAGAGGAGGAAGAGCCUCCACCCAGACGCUGGUGCCACACCUGCCAGGUCUACUACGUGGGGGACCUGAUCCAGCACCGCAGGACCCAGGACCACAAGCUGCCAUCCCAUCUCAGAGCCGACUACACAGCGGAGGGAUGUGGUUUUGCAUGUUCCAGGGCAGGGGCAGAGCCAGGCUGGCUUUCUGUAGAUGUGGUGGGCCUGCGGUGGAAGAUCGCCAAGCAGUCUUUGCGACCCUUCUGCACCAUUUGCAACCGCUACUUCAAGACCCCCCGCAAGUUUGUAGAACAUGUGAAGUCCCAGGGGCACAAGGACAAGGCCAAGGAGCUGAAGACGCUUGAGAAGGAGAUGGCCGGCCAAGAUGAGGACCACUUCAUCACGGUGGAUGCCGUGGGUUGUUUUGAGGGUGAUGAAGAAGAGGAGGAUGAGGAUGAAGAUGAAGAAGAGGAGAUUGAGGUUGACGAGGAAUUCUGCAAGCAGGUGAGGUCCAGAGACAUAUCCAGAGAGGAGUGGAAGGGCUCGGAGACCUACAGCCCCAACACUGCGUACGGCAUGGACUUCCUGGUGCCUGUGAUGGGCUACGUUUGCCGCAUUUGCCACAAGUUCUACCACAGCAACUCGGGGGCACAGCUCUCCCACUGCAAGUCCUUGGCCCACUUUGAGAACCUGCAGAAAUACAAGGCAGCCAAGAACCCCAGCCCCACCUCCCGGCCCGUGAGCCGCCGCUGCGCCAUCAACGCCCGGAACGCUUUGACUGCACUGUUCACCUCCAGUGGCGGCAGCGGCCGCCCACCCAGCCAGCUCAGCACCCAGGACACAGCCAAAACCACGAGCAAGGUGACAGCUCGACCCCCCAACCCUCCACCCCCUCCCCGGCGCUCCACUCGCCUCAAAACCUGAGCCCAGACCCAUCCGGGUCCACAUCUACUAAUGCCCUCUAGGAGUGUGUGCAAAACUUUACGUGGUUGGUGUUUUUACUCAAAAUCCAAUAAAAGAAGGCCGUUUGGCUCUCAGUUCCCACCAGCACUUCUGUCUGGUGAACAGGGGAAAGGGGCUCCCCAAACUGGGCCUUUACCCAGAGCCAGCCUCUCUGGACAUCAUGUGGUGGCAGAACCAGGGGACCAAUGAUGGGCUCCCAGGGACGCUAGGAUCACAAGGCACAUGACCUCUCUAUAAACCUGUCUCCCUCUUUAAUAAGGUAUCAGGGUUGGGAAAGUGGCUUCCAGUCUUCACCGUCCCCUCUAUGUCCAUGAUGGCCAAGAACCCCACCCCAGGGCAGGUGUGCGCAGACACCUUGACUGCCCCACUCCCCUCCAGUGGCCACUGGGGUCCUCCUCCCAACACACAGAGGGGAGAGGCACAGUGGUACAGGAGACCCGUUUAAUGUGGAUGCUCAAUCCCAGGAGGAACAGGAGGGUUCAGGAGCUGGGCAGGCAGGCAAGUGGGGGGGUUGCAGGUCCCCACCUGGCCCCAGGAAGGAUGCUGGGCAGUGGGGGUUGGCCCAGACAGCAGACUCGCAGGAGACCCAAAGGCCAGACCUUGAGGUGUCUAAGCCAGGUGGUGAGUGCUCACAGCAGAGUCUGGCCCAGGGAGGCAGGGUUGGGGCCUGGCUGGGGGCUCAAGCAGCCUAGAGGCUGGCAUCACCAGGGGUCUCCCCGAGCUGCUGCUGGAACUCAAGGCGCGUCUGCCGGUUGGACUCCAGCAGCUCCUGGAGACGCGCAUGGAGGUGGUCAUUCUUCUCCUCCAGGUGAUCUAGACAGGAGUUGAUCUGGUCCAACAUGGAGUUGAUGGCCGCAUACUCUGGGAGGAAGGGGGAAAACAAGCCAAGUUCCUGUGUCUCCUCAGGACUCAGACUCACACCCCUCAGUCCCCCAGCUGACUCCAAAAGGGCUUUGGGCAAGUCCCUACUCUGAGCCUCAGUGUCACCAUCUGGAAAAUGGGUAGAUAACAAAAAAGAGGCUUUGAAGAGAGAAUACCUUAGUGCAUCAACUUUU